AUUUAACUUUGCACAAAAUAACACCAUUAUAUCGCUUUUUUUUUUAAAAAAAAGCAUAUAACUUUGAAUAAAGGACUCGCGUUUAUUAUGCAACUCACAACUGCCAGCCAAGUCAACAGUCAAGCCAGCCGCCGUUUGGAUUCAGAUGCGCGCAUAUGGUUUACGUAUUAUCAGAUGGUUGGACUCACGCACAUGCAGAGGACAAACUCUUUAAAAAACUCUUCAUUGGUUACAAUAAGUGGUCCAGACCCGUGCGAAACAUCAGUGAUGUGGUCAUCGUGAAGUUUGGCCUUUCCAUCGCUCAGCUUAUUGAUGUGGAUGAGAAGAAUCAGAUGAUGACCACAAAUGUUUGGCUAAAGCAGGAAUGGAACGAUUAUAAAUUGCGCUGGAACACGUCGGAUUAUGAUAAUGUGACAUCUAUCCGAGUCCCAUCUGAGAUGAUUUGGGUCCCUGAUAUUGUCCUGUACAAUAACGCCGAUGGUGAGUUUGCUGUGACUCACAUGACCAAAGCCCACUUGUUCCACACGGGAAAGGUGAGCUGGGUUCCCCCGGCCAUCUACAAGAGUUCCUGCAGUAUCGAUGUCACCUUCUUCCCCUUCGACCAGCAAAACUGCAAGAUGAAGUUCGGCUCCUGGACCUACGACAAGGCCAAGAUCGACCUCGAGCAAAUCGAGAGCACGGUGGACUUGAAGGACUACUGGGAGAGCGGAGAAUGGGCCAUCAUGAACGCCGUGGGAACCUACAACACCAAAAAAUAAGACUGUUGCCACGAGAUCUACCCGGACAUCACCUACUUCUUCAUCAUCCGUCGUCUGCCUCUGUUCUACACCAUCAACCUCAUCAUUCCCUGCCUGCUCAUCUCCUGUCUGACCGUGCUGGUGUUUUACUUGCCAUCGGACUGCGGAGAGAAGAUCACGUUGUGCAUUUCCGUCCUUCUUUCCCUCACCGUCUUCCUCCUGCUGAUCACGGAGAUCAUUCCAUCGACGUCGCUGGUCAUUCCUCUGAUCGGCGAGUAUCUUCUCUUCACCAUGAUCUUCGUCACGCUUUCGAUAGUCAUCACUGUAUUUGUGCUGAACGUUCAUCAUCGAUCUCCCAGCACCCAUGAAAUGCCCCGCUGGGUCCAUUCGGUGUUCCUGAAUGUAAUCCCGCGCUGGCUCUUCAUGCGCCGUCCAGAACCCGAUCACAAGCGCCGCCCGCUCGUCGUUCUGCAGGAGAAGAGCAAGACAUCAGAGCUCAGCACAUCCAAAAGCAGGCUUCAGACGGAGACGAAUGCAAGAGGUUGUAAGGACCUGGAUUUUGGGGUCGGGAUGGAGAGACCGGAUUCCAUCUCCUCUCCGUCUGCAACAUCUCUGCGUUUGUCCGACUCUGAACCUUUGCUUCAGAGGUAUGAACUCCAUCAGUUCCAUCCAUCCUGCCAGCGUACAGGAGAGUUUACAAAUCUUGCCUUCGAGCAAAACCUAACCGUCUCACCAUGUGUGCUCCGAGCGCUGGACGGGGUGCGGUACAUCGCCGAUCACCUGCGGGCUGAAGAUGAAGAUUUUUCUGUCAAGGAGGACUGGAAAUAUGUAGCGAUGGUGAUCGACCGAAUCUUCCUGUGGAUGUUCAUCAUCGUGUGUCUGCUGGGAACCGUCGGCCUCUUUUUGCCUCCCUGGAUAUCAGGAAUGAUCUGA